AUGCCCAGCCCGCCGAAGGACCGCCCCUCCGGCCGUCUUGGCCGCCUCCUCGCCGCGCUCCGCCCCUCCCGCGCCGGGCCCCUCCCCGUCCAGACCGGUUUCCCCACCUCCCUCGCCGACCUCGUCGUCAAGAACCAUGGCCGCCUCAAGAAGCAGCCCUCCCCGUCCUCCAAGCGCGGGAAGCGCGGCGCCGCCGCUUCGACUUCGCCUUCCACUCCCACCUCGCCCUCACCGUCCCCGCCGCCCGCCUCUCCGCCUCCGCCUGCGCCUCCCACGGCAGCCGCCGUCGCCGUCUCACCGUCGGAUCGGCCGAGGCCCGACCUCCCGCCGGCCCAGCCCCCACGCCGCGGCAAAGGCGGCGGCUUUGGCCUCGGCCUGGGCUUCCUCGCGGUCAGCGGCGUGGUGUCCCUCGCGCUCCUCGUGAUCUGGAGCAAGAAGGUGGUUGCGGCCGUCACCGUCGCCUCCUUCUCGCUCUACCUGUUCGAGUGCGUGAGGUCGUCGUCCUCGCUGCCCCCCAGGCGGCGGCCCCGGCCGGCGGUGACCGAGAGGCGGCUUUGCCUGGACGGCCGCGGGCGCGUGUCGCCGAUCCGGGAAGUCGACGCGGAGACCGAGCCGUCGCGGCCGAGCUGCUCGGAUUCAGACAGGGCAAGCGAGGCCUGCAUCCUGGCCGUCGAAAUCGACGAAAGCAGCGGCGGCGUCCUGGACGAAUCAAGCAACCCGAAGGCGAAGGCAAAGAAGUCCUGGAAGAAGCUGCUCGCGGCCAGCGCCAAGAAGCUGCACAGAGGACGGAGGAGUAAGGAGGCGGGUUCGUCAGGUUCCUCUUUCCGCAGCGAGGGCGACCGAGCGGACGAUGCCACGGCGCGCGGCGGUGGCAAUGCCAAGGCGGCGGAUUUCUCGGGCUCCCGCCGUGGCUCCGCCAGUCAAACCGGUGUCGCCGCGGAGGACGCCGCCGCUGCCAAAGAGGCGGAUUCUUCGAGGGGCUCUCGCCGCAGCCAAGGCGUAGAAGUAGAUGCCGAUGCCGCGCCCGUAGAAAUCGAUGCGUUGGUGGGCGACCUCAUCGAGGAGGAGGAGGAGGAGGAGCAGCCAGGGAUCCGGUUCCCUGCUCUAGUUCUGGUCGCCAUCGUCCUCGCCGGCCUGGUCGCUGGGAAGCUCCUGGCCCUGGCGCUCACGGUGCUCUGCACCGCGUUCCUUAGCUCGGUUCAGAGAUCGCCUUGCGGCGGCGGUGGCGGUGGCGGUGGCGGUUGCUCGCAGGGGAGGCGGUUGGAGCUUUCCAUGUCGUAG